GUCAAAAUCCUCAUCGCUUCUACCUCUGCCGUUUUAAUCAGUUUAUGAGCGAGCAGGAUCUUCUUUUUUUCUAAUUUCACGCCUACCUUUGACAACCCAGAGGCCGCUCUCGUCAGACCUAUCUUCUGUUGUCGAUAAUUUGUGUGAUCGUAUCCACCAUGGCCCUACGUCAAGGCACACUGCAGUAUGCUCAAAAGGGCCUGCUCAUGCGGGCGGUCUUCGGACAGGUGUGGACAAUUGCCCUGGACAAAAAGGAACAGGUUGACACACGCUUGGAAGUAUUGAGCAUCCUCCAGCAACUUAGUCGUGAGAUUGAGUCCAAAUACCAAGACUGCGGUCUAAUUGCCGCCUUCAGUCCAGACCUAUGGGAAGCAUGGACAAAUGAGCAUUUCGAUAUCCACAGGGAAGUCCUCAAUCGAAACAUAAAGCUGAAGGAUACAGGAGGCGAUGUGCUGCUCUACGUCAAGGGACCGAGCCCUGAGCGAGUAAGGGACGUUCUGAAUACUGUCAAGACCCGUAUCGAAAAGAUCGCCAAGAAGCACAUCGCCCUCGAAGUAGGCAAACGCCGAGACUGUCGCAUUCUCGGCGGUCGAUACUUGGACAGCAUCACGAAUCCAAACGACCCGGUUAGUCUCAACGAAGACAUCCUCCUCGACGAGGGACGGAACCGUGGCGGUUGCUUCGGCUUCACCCAGAAUUUUGAAAUCGACUGGGCAGGCAUCUCUCAGCAAACUGCCGACUCCCAAGACGAGAUGAUCGGUCGGAACACGGACAACAUGGUCAUACCCCAAAACAUAGCGCAGGGCCACAUCCACCGUGCCAACAUCUUCGACGAGAAUCGCGACCAGCGAAAACUGCUCCGGCAAGCAUUGUCCUACGGAAACUCCAACGCCCACCCCGGACGCGAAACGGGCAUAAUGUUCGUCGCCUUUUGCAAUUUCCAGCCCCGCUUCGAGGAGAUUCUGAAAAACUUGCUCGGCGACGACAAUGGCACCCCCGUCGAUCGACUGAUGCAGAUGGUCAAGGGCAUCGGUGGCAGCUAUUGGUACGUCCCUUCCGCCCGGCAGCUGAAGGUCAGUGCAGUGGCAGGCGCUAGCGAUGUCUACGAGGAUCCGCAUUGGCAGGUCAGCAGUCCGAACGGAUACAUGUUCUACAACACGCAGGAUUACUUGCACAAGAUGGGCCAGGGAACCUACAAGGGCGGCGAUCCUCCCACCCCACGCCUCUUGAGUCUGCUGUCCAGAACUUUCAACCACUGGCGCGACGGCUGGCUGCAUACUCAGCGUUUUCCUCGCCUUCCGCCCCUCAGUCAAUUUGAGGGGGUCUCCGAGCAAGAACUCGCAAAACGGCCGGUGGCGGUGCGCAAAGGUCAAGCGAACUAUCACACGCUUGCAGAUAUCCUCUCCAAGCCAGACUCGAAGAUAGCUGCCCAAAACAGCUUGCUACGCAUCGAACCCAACGAGUUGAUCGUCGGCGUCAUUCCAGACUUUACCUUAGGCCGAGGAAAGGAGGUGAUGCCGUACCUCGAUGAAGCAGAAACUAUGGCUGCGUGGCUCAAAGCCAAACUGAACGAGUGGUCCGCUAUGGGUCACGUCGUUCCGGACUUUCAAACGUUAGCCACCAAAGGCCUCAGAAAGAUGAUCGACGAGCUCAGAUCCAAACUUGGCACCUCUGAUGCCAAGAGCGAUCAGGCAGCGUUCUACCAGUCCACGAUCUUGUCGCUGAAGGGUGUGCAAAAAUACAUGCUCAACUGGGCCGAGAUUGCUCUAAAGGCUGCGAAGAGGCGGCCUGCGGACAGCGCAAACAUGAAGGAGAUAGCAGCUCGUCUGAGGCGCUUGGAGACAGAACCGCCCCGAAGCUUUCAGGACGCCGUUCAGCUGAUCUUUUCCUUCCACUGCUGCCUGCACUUGGUCGGCGAGCUGACAUCUCUCGGCCGCCUCGACCAGAUUCUAUGGCCGUUCCUGGAAAAGGACUAUAAGGACGGCAAGAUCAAGCCCGAGCGAGCGCAAGAAAUUAUCGAUUGCUUGUUCCUCAAGAUUGGUGAGAAUGCGUUUGUCGACCGUUCUAAGAUCUACGACUACAGCACAUACGGCACGACGUCAGUCAACGGCGUCGGGGGCAACUUUUCCCAGGGCGGCGGCAUCAACCAGUGGGUGCAGCAGAUCACCGUCGGGGGUUACAAGGCAACGGACGACGAUGUGCCGCAAGGAGGCGCGAACGAGGUGACCAUGCUGUGCCUCAAGGCCGCCCGUCGCAUCCCCGUCAAUGCACCCACCCUUUCUCUACGCGUCUACAAGGGCAUGCCAUCCAAAUAUCUCGACGAGGCUGCCAAAGCGAUAUUGUCGGGCGGCGCUCAGCCCAUCAUGUACAACGACGACAAGCUCUGCGAGGGACUAUUCCAGUCUGGACAGACGCCCAAGACGGUCAGUCGGGCUUGGUCUCGCGAUUAUGCGGCCGACGGAUGCUACGAGCCCAUGUUCGCCGGUGCGUCAGAGUUCACCUUCAGCAACAUCGACCCCAUGCUGGCUCUCGAGCAGACUAUCAACCAGGGAGCCACUUACGGAGCAGCUGGAUCGGAAUACCUGCGUGGCCUGAAGCAGACGUUCCGCUCCCCAUCUGCGGCCAAAAUCAAGACUUUCGAAACCUUGAAAGCUAUCUUUUUUGAUCAGAUUCGUUGGCUGACCGUCUCAUUCUAUUAUACCCUGCUUGGACAGUAUGGCAAUCUAGCGACCGUCUGUCCAAGCCCCCUCCUGUCGACUUUGAUCAAGGGCUGCAUAGAGAAGGGACGUGACCACACGAACGGUGGGCCCAAGUUCCACAUCAUCGCGCCGCUCUGCGUUGGCAUGUCGAAUACCAUAGACUCGCUGUAUGCAAUCAAGAAGCUGGUGUACGACCACGACAGCGCCAUGGUGACGCUGCCGGAGCUGGUCAACUGCCUGGUCAACGACUGGGGAUACAACAUGCAGGAGCCCUUCCAGGACCAGCAAACGCUAGACAUCGCCGACUCUGCCGAGCGGGGUCUCCGCUUUCAGGAGCUUCGCUUGAUCGCACUGGCGCUACCCAAAUGGGGCAGUGGCAACAGCGAAGUCAACGCGCUUGGCGAGGAGGUCAUGACCAAGAUCGUGAAGAUCUGCAACGAGGUCAUCAAGGAGCCGCACCCGGCUGUCAAGGGCGCCAUACAGGCCUUGCGCGACAAGUGCGGCAAGGAUUUCGAGUUCGUGGUCACGCCGGGCAUCGGCACCUUCGAGGGUUACGUGGGAGACGGCAUCCCGUACGGCGCGUCGGCUGACGGGCGGCGCAACGGCAUGCCGAUCGCAUCGGACCUGUCGCCCGUGCCGGCACCGCAGGACCUGCCCCCCAACCCGGCCUUCCGCAACAUCUAUCAGUCGAUGCGCAGCGUCAAGAACGAUGCGGCAGAGUACGGCAUGUCCAACGCCUCGCCUGUCGACAUGAACAUCACCGAGGACUUCCCCGAGGACGAGCUCAAGGCCUUUGUCAGGAAGUACGCCGACGGCGAGGUCGGUGGGAACCUCAUCACCUUGACGUGCGCAGACCUCAAGACCUAUCAGGCUGCCACCAAGAACCCGGAAAAGUACAGCCUCGUCAGGGUGCGCAUGGGCGGCUGGACCGAGUUCUACGCCACCAUGUUCGAGGCCCACCAGAACCAGCACCAGCGCAGGCAGUACUUCACCCCGGACGAUCCGAGUGUGAAGGGCAUCGCGAAUGGCGUGCACAAGCUGGACGUGGUCGACGGGACUGAUGGAGGCUACUCUCGCCGCUACACUGGCAUCGGAAUUUAGGUCACUCUCAUUUUUCACGAGUAAAAUGUCUGACACGAAUUUAACAAUUGAACGUAAGAUCAUACUGUGUACUGAAGUAGGCAAUACAUUGAUCACAAUGCGUCUGAAGGCACUCAGUUGCACAUUUAACACGGUUCGUAAGAUGUCUGGGAAAGGUGUUCACUUACAUCAUCAGUCGUAAUCCCGAAAGGUGGGCAACGGAUGGACCUGAGUUCACGAACUUACAAACGGGCC